UCUGGCCUUCCUGAUUCCAUGGCCACAGCUCCAUCCACUGCACCACCAAGCUGCCCUAAGAAGAUUUAUAGGAGAGAUGUGAAGAUAGAAACCACAAGAUUUGUCAACUGAUAAGAUUGCUUCCACAGGCAAAACUACAUUCAGAAGGCAGGAGAUCUGAAUGGACUUCAUGGAGAAUAAAGUCAGUCAUAUUUUUUAAUCAAACAAAAUGAAAUAAGUGCAGCUUCAUCAACAAAGAAAUCAAAAGCAUAUUCCCAACAGAGAAAGUAAUUUAUCAAGAACUCAGUGUAAAAGGCUAAUUAAAUAAGACAGGCCGCUUCUCUCAACAGUGGACACAUCUAAGAGAACAGGAUAUAACUGAACAAAAUCUCUACUUCAAGCAAAACUCCUUUGAACCACAACCACCACACACUGGACAGUAACAACUUAACAGAUUAUAAAAUGCCACUUUUUAGCUGGAUGAAGUGGUCAAAAAGAGAAUCCCAUAAAUCCACACACUAUCCAGGCUCAGACGUAGUAACAAAGACCCUACUUCGGGAACUCACAUGGCACCUAAAAGAACGUGACAGAUUAAUACAAGAGAUUGAAAAUGAACAAAAAGUGAAAAAAACUGGCGUGGAUUACAACUGGCUAAAAAACUACCAAAAUCCCCAAGCAACCAUCCCAGCUACUGAACAAAGACAGCUUGAAGCUCUCUGUUCACAAGUUCAACCUUGCCAGACUGGAACUAUUCUCAGCAGAUUUCGAGAAGUUGUAGCAGAAAAUGAUGUUUUGCCAUGGGAAAUAGUCUACAUCUUCAAGCAAGUGCUAAGAGAUUUUCUAACCAAUGCAGAAAAACAAAGUCAACGAGAGGAACUAGAAGACACAGAGAAUACAAACUGCUCUGUCCACUCUGGAGUUCUAGGUCAAAGUACCAAGAAUUCAGAUAAAGAAGAAAUUCCCACUAUUUCAAGUUACGUUGAUAAAAACACAAAAAAUACAUUCCCUGCAUUCUCACAGAGAAUAUGGAAUCUGCCAUAUUACUAUCCAUCAACUGAAAUCACUCAUCAUCACUCAAGCAUUCAUCUGUAUGAUUUUAAACUUGAACCCACAACAUGAAAUACAGUUUAGAAAUAAGAAAAUGUGACAAGUUCAUGUUUCCCUUUGUUACAAGGUAAAAAGUUUACAAUUCUUAUGGAUGUCCUUAUAUUUUCUAUAAGUAGAACUUUAGUCAUUGUACAAAAAAAGUUGCCAUUUAGCAGUAAUGUUUAACUAAAAUGUAUAUUGUGCCUCUCUUAAGUAAAUCUUUGAAAUACUUCCCUGUUUUUACAUACCUCUAGAAUAUACUACAGAAAACAAACUAGCUUUAUGUACUUAAAAUAUAACCAACACUUUGGAAAGCAUGGAUAGCAAGGACAAUUUUUAAAAAAUAAUUACAUAGAAAAGCUACAUGUAGAAUAAAGUGCAUGUUUUAAAGUUGUUAUCAAUUGUACUCACAACAUAACAAUGAUCUAAAACACAAGCAGCAUCCUAAGAUGCAUAUAUAAUCUCCAGAUUAACUGAAGGAAAUGGUCUGGGUUUUAAUAUUUAUAUUAACAUUUAAUAUAUUAUUUAAUUCAAUUAAUUUAAAUUAAUUUA